UGAGUCAAAAGGUCGUGUUUAGUCGUGUCGGAGAACAAACGAGAUGGCGGCGCUAAAGAGAACGGUGUCUUGGCUGUGCUUGCUCACAGUUUUGUCAAGAUCCUGUCAAGGUCAAAAACUAGGGAACAACUGCGACUCAGAGCUCCUGGACAACCUAUCAGCUGAUCUUCAGGUGGCGCUCGAGUGCAACGCGAGCCAGUCACCUACGUGGUCCAGUCAGCAGAAGGCAGCGCUGCUUGUCCACCUGAGGAAUGUGAUGGCCGUCAUGCACACGCAUCAGCUGAGUGAAUGUCUAGGGGCGGAGCCUGUGCAAUGUCCUGAGCCGGAGGUUCCCAAGAACGGAGGCUUGGCGUGUGUGACGCUGGCCAACAGGCGUUACUGCAAACCCUUGUGCAACCACGGUUACGAUUUUGCCUUCCUGAGGACCAGUCGCCCGUUUGAGGAAUGCAGCGAUGAGACGGGCUACAAAUGGAAAAGUCAGUACGUCGGUGGAAACAGGCUGGCACUUUGCAACGAAGCCUCCAUCCAAGUCGCAGGAGCAAAGACGGCGUAUUUCCCCAAAGAUCAGGACUGCCUGACCACCAAGACCGGCAACCAUAGUCGGAGUGACAUCAUUCAGGACUUCACCGAGGAGCUGAGAAGUUUGGACUUGGAGGGAGAAGCACGGUCCACGUGUCUGGUGUGCGGCUGAAGAACAAUAAACACACUGCACCGUU